AUGGCAAAAAGAAAAGUGGACGAAUUGGACAACACAAGAAGCAAGGGCAUUGAAUCCAGCAGCAACAUGGAUUUGAGGGAGAACACUUGUAAGCAAAUUGCUAGGUUUUUCUACAUCAACGCAAUUCCCUUGAAACUUGUAGAAAGUGAAGAAUUUCAAAAAAUGUGCAAUCAUAUUGGAGGCCCUGGGUUCAAGCCACCCACUUAUGAUGAACUUAGGGGCAAGUAUUUGAAGCAAGAAGUGGCUGAGGUCAUGGAAUCAAUUGAGGAGCAUAAAGCUACGUGGAAGAAAACAGGGUGCUGUAUCUUGAUUGAUGAUUGGACUAAUAGCGAAGGGGUCACUAUUUGCAAUUUCUUUCUUAACAGCUCCAAAGGUACUGUUUUUCUUAAAUAUGUUUAUGCAUCUGACAUGUGCAAAACUGUUGAUGGCAUUUUUAAAAUGAUUGAUGACAUUGUGGAGGAAGUUGGUGAAGAAAAUGUUGUUCAAAUGUUGGAGGAUUUUGUGAACAAGUUGCAGAUCUAUGGAGACACUGUUGCCAAUGGGAGGAGAAUUGCAUCUUAUAUGUAUUCAAGGAGUUCUUUGAUUGCUUUGUUGCAUCACUUUGCUAAGGGAAAAGAUUUGGUUAAACCUGGAGUGACUAAAUUUGCCACAUGCUAUCUAACUCUAAAGGGUCUCUAUGAUAAAAAGGGAGCAUGGGAGAAGAUGUUUUCAUCCAAACAAUGGAAAUCCAGUUUUUUCGCUGGAACAACAGGUGGGAAAGUUGCUAAAAGUAUUGUUAUGGGUGAUAAGUUUUGGAAAAGUAUUAUGGUUUGCUUGAAAGGUGCUAAUCCUUUGAUCAAGCUGCUUCAUUUGGUGAGUUCGGACACCAAACCAGCCAUAGGUUUCAUUUAUGAGGAAAUGAAGCAAGCAAAAGUGAAGAUACAACGUGCCUUUAAAUCUGUCAAGAAACGUUAUAUGCCUCUAUGGGACAACAUAGAUGAAAGAUGGGACAGAAAAAUUCUUAGGCCUUUGCAUGCUGCAGCUUAUUAUCUUAACCCUCAGUUUCAUUAUAAUCCUAAUUUCAAAGAAGAUUUUGAAGUUAAACAUGGGUUGCACGAGUCUAUAUACAAAAUGGUAACAAAGCAAGACUGGCCUAAGGUUGAUCCUAUUCUUGAAGAUUUCAAGCAUGCAAGAAACUAUUUUGGUAAUGAAUUAGCCAAGGUUGCAAUUAUAACCAAAAAUCCAACUGAUUGGUGGGAUUCUUAUGGUUUUGAAUAUCCUGAGAUUGAACAUGUUGCUAUACGAAUACUGAGUUUGACAACCAAUUCUGUACACAUGAAGAGAAGAAAUCGUAUGAGACAACAGACAUGGAAUGAUGUACUGCUAGUGAUGUCUAAUUCAAAGUUGGCCAAAAGGCACCAAGCUGGGAAAGCCAUUGAAUAUAGCAUAGACGAUCUCUCUUCGGAUGAUGAAUGGAUUACAGAGAAUGAUGAAAGUUCAUCUAGCAAUGAAGAGUCAGAGUUAGACGACAUAGAUUACAGAGAAUAUGAAAGUUCAUCUAACAAUGAAGAGUCAGAGUUAGACGGCAUAGUCUUCUAUGUUCCAAAUGAAGACGAUAAGCUCAAAGGCCAAGUUGGAGAAGAUGUUAAUAAUGAUAGUGCUGAUGUAGAUGACCUCCAGACUCCUGAUGAUGAUAUUGAAUUUGAUGAUGAGGCAGAUGUUGAUGAUGAAGAUGAUGCAAGUAAUGCAACAGAUGAUAUCAUGGAUGGAGAUGGAAGCUACAUGGAAGAUGAUAGUUGUGAUGAUUUUGACAUCAAUGAAUUGCUGCAUUAG